AUGGCGCCACCUCAACCAGCUCCAGAGGCCGCAUCACCGAUUGGCAUUGCCAACCUCCCAAACCAGAGACACAAAAUUGUCGCAAAGAGGGGGGCAGCCUUCACUAUAAUGGUCGCUGGCGAGUCUGGUCUAGGCAAAACCACUUUCAUCAACACCCUCUUCUCAACGACCAUCAAGAAUUAUCAAGAUCACAAGCGACGGCACGCCAAGCAGGUCGACAAGACCGUCGAGAUCGAGAUCACAAAGGCCGAAUUAGAAGAGAAGUUUUUCAAAGUUCGUCUCACCGUCAUUGAUACACCCGGCUUCGGAGACUAUGUCAACAACCGCGACUCCUGGCAACCCAUCAUCGAGUUCCUUGACGAUCAACAUGAGUCGUACAUGCUUCAAGAACAGCAACCCAAGAGACAGGAUAAGAUCGAUCUCCGUGUUCACGCCUGCCUUUACUUCAUUCGCCCUACUGGUCACACUUUGAAGCCAUUGGACAUCGAAGUCAUGAAACGGCUCUGCUCGCGUGUCAACCUGAUCCCCGUGGUUGCAAAGGCCGACACUCUUUCCCCCGAAGAUCUGGCGCGCUUCAAGCACCGUGUUCGCAGUGUCAUUGAGGCACAAGGCAUCAAGAUCUAUCAACCUCCGCUAGAGGAUGAUGAUGAAGCAGCCACCCAACAUGCUCGUGCUCUCAUUGCAGCUAUACCAUUCUCUGUCAUCGGCAGUGAGAAGGAUGUCAAGACUGGCGAUGGUCGUAUUGUCAAAGGAAGACAGUAUGCUUGGGGAGUGGCUGAAGUGGAAAACGAGGACCACUGUGAUUUCAAGAAGCUCCGAUCCAUCCUGAUCCGAACCCACAUGCUCGACCUCAUCCAUACCACGGAGGAGAACCACUACGAAGCAUAUCGUGCUCAACAAAUGGAAACAAGGAAAUUCGGUGAGGCCCGACCCAGAAAACUCGACAACCCCAAGUUCAAGGAGGAAGAAGAAGCCCUCCGAAAGCGAUUCACCGAGCAAGUCAAGGUUGAGGAACAACGAUUCCGGGCUUGGGAACAAAAGUUGAUUGGCGAGCGUGAUCGGUUGAACAAGGACUUGGAAUCCACUCACGCUGCGAUCAAGCAAUUGGAAGGAGAGUUGGAACAGAUGCAAGGCAGUGCCGUCCGCAGCCAUGGCCGUCGCUAG